AUUGAGUUGUAGUACUCAAGGUGGAUAGUACUAUUAAUUUAGAGUAUGUAACAUGAUUACUGUUAUAUAAUGGUUAUGAUGUUAUUAUAUAAUAAUAAUAUUAUAUUACCAUUUCGUCCUAUUACUACCUCUACCUACUGGGUCACUACCUUCCAUCUAGAUGGACAGAUAGGUUUAUAUUUGAUACCUAAAUAUUUAAUAAGUAUAACAUAAUGCUAAUUGGGUACUGACUACUAAGUGAAUUCGUUCCAAUUUAAAUAAACAAUAUACAUCGGUGAUCCGGGUGAUCGGUUAUAGAUGCAGACAAUUUUAGAUUUUACGCGGUAGAAAUUUCAAAUUUUACUAUUAUUCAAAGUGAAGAUAAGACUUCAGGAAAGCGAUGGAAAGUUGGAAAAAAAUUACAUAUGUGGUGGCCAUUUUUAUGUUUCUGAUACAAAUACGUCCACUAGAGCCAUAUUUAACAGCUUAUUUCACUGGGCCAAAUGGGAAUGUUUCUCUUUCAGAGGUGGCUAACUCGUUGGAGUCCAUUAGAUCAUACUCUGCUCUUAUAGCAACGUUGAUAAUGUUAAUAAUCUCGGACUACCUUCUAUACAAGCCAGUGGUCAUAUUCUUAACAUUUUGCUCAUGUAUCACUUAUAUUCUCAUGGUGGGCUUACCAAGCUUAAUACAACUAAAAGUGUCUAUGUUCUUCUAUGGAACAGCAUACUGUAACACAACAGUAGCAUCAUGUUAUUUAUUUGCCUGUAUCAAAGACAGAAAACAUUUUCAAAAGUCGGCCAGCAUUGCGGCUGUUGGUUUGCAGCUAGGAAAAUUCUUUGGAGACAUCUCUGGGCAAAUCAUAGUUAGCUCAAGUGGAGGAAGCUAUACAUCACUGCCAUACUGUAAUGCAUUUGCUAUGUUCUUGGCUACAAUUUGGGCUUUUUUAUUUCCUCCUAUUAAACCAAAGGAUUCUUUGAACACAAAUUUUCCAGAUGAAAAGACCACGCUUCUCGGAAACAGUGAAACAAUUACAUCUGACACUCAUGAAAUAAAAUAUUGUAGGUAAUAGAAAUAAGGCACAAUUUAUAGACACAUGGCAGUAAUAAAUAAUAAGCAAUAACCAAA